GGCUUAUUGACACGAAACAAUAGAGUAAAUGAUGAUGGAGAAUAAAAGGAGACCCGUCUUCCUUGAUCAAAGCAGCCUCAUGGGUUUGACGCAAAAACGACCGAAGAUUGAGGUGCCUCUCUCUGCCAAGGAAAAGAAAGAGAAGGUUAGCGAACGAAUUUCAGCUCUUCAACAACUUGUCUCACCGUAUGGAAAGACAGAUACAGCAUCGGUUCUUCUAGAGGCAAUGGAAUACAUAAGAUUCCUUCAAGAGCAAGUUAAGGUAUUGAGUGCACCGUACUUGUAUAGCACACCGACGACUAAUACACAGGAAGUCAAGCCACCUAACCUUAAAAGCAAAGGCUUAUGUCUCGUGCCAAUUUCGUUUACUGAUGGAGUUGCCAGUAGCAAUGGCGCUGAUAUUUGGGCCCCGAUAAAGACAAGUUCCCCGACUUCAAGAAGACCGAUAUCAGACGAAGCUUCAGUGAUAACUUACAGUUGAGGGAUGGUUUCUGCUUAGAUGGUCACAAAUGGUUUUUAACAAGUGGGUGGCGUUUUGAGAUGUUGAAUCAUGUUUGAUAUUCUAGCAAAUUGCGAACAUUUCUUAUGAUACGAGGUGCCAAUGUUUGUACAUAACGAAGUUGUAAAUUGAUAAUAACUUCCAUUAGUCAUAUUACAAUGUGAUGAAGAAUCACAUUUCAACUUCAGUGAGAAAAAUAAAGCCUUGUAGCUGGAGAUUAUCUCCAUUUUGAAAUCAUCA